AUAUUUAUAGGACCGUUUACAGAGCAGCCAAACACAACCCAAAGACUUCUCACUGCUAGUAAACUCCCUCAAAGCCUGCCCUCUCUCUCUCCCUCACCCUCUUUUAGCUUUCUCUCUGUUUAAAGAUACGCUCUGUUCUCUCUUUCUCUCUCUCUCUCUCUCUGUUUCUUUCUCUCUCAGUCAACUCCGCCAAUGAAGCAGACCAGACUCCAACCCACCCCCCAUUACGAAAAAAAUCACUCCUUUAGAUGACGAAACUACCCUUCUCCGCCACCGUCGCCGACACGGUCACCGUUGUUAUACUGGUCAUCCUCGCCGUGACACCCUCGGCCCAUGCUCUCGGCUCCGGAGCCACUCUCGCCGUCAGCUUCGGCUCCGGCACCGUCUGCGGCAUCGUCGCCUCGCAGCCCACGCGGCGCAUCGAAUGCUAUCGACGCGGCCAAACCUUCGCCGUCGAUCCCAACAUCAAUUUCUCCUCCAUUACUGGAGGCCGGAACUUCUUCUGCGGCCUCCGCUCCGGUGGAUACACCUUCCUCUGCUGGGACACCAACGACUUUUCCAGCACCAACUUCGCCCCUAAGCGGGUUUACUUCAACGACACUGUUCGAUUAGAGAACCUCUCGGUUGGUGACGACCAGGUCUGCGCCACGGUGGUUGGUACAGGCUCGGUAAAUUGCUGGAGAGUUAAGGAUCCAUUAUCUAGGUCCGAUGGGUUUAAGUCAAUCUCAUCUGGGUUUGGAUUCUCUUGUGGUAUUUUGGCGAACAGUGGGCAGGUUCGGUGUUGGGGAAGCAAUACUGAGCUUGGGAAACAGAUACAGACAGGGUUUGGGAACAUGUCGAUGAUGAGUAUUGUAGCGGGUGGCUCACACGUUUGCGGACUGAAUUCAACUGGGUUUGUGGUUUGCAGAGGGAACAACGAUUCUGGGCAGUUGGAUUUGCCUUCUAACUCGGCGUCGGAGUUCUCAACGUUGGCGCUUGGGGCGAACCAUAGUUGUGGGAUUAGGCGAAAUGGAUCGGUGGCGUGUUGGGGUGGCGGAGGAGAGUAUUCGGUGAAUGUGACACGAGGGGUUUCCUUUGAAACGAUUGUGUCGGGAUCGAAUUUUACUUGUGGAUUAACGUCGUCGAAUUUUUAUGUUAUAUGUUGGGGACCUGGGUGGCCUAAUUCAGGGGGUGAGUCUCUAUUGCCUCCGAUUCUUCCAGGGCCUUGUAAUGAUCAAUCUUGUAGCGAGUGUGGUGUGUAUCCACAAUCACAGAGUCUCUGUUCUGGUUUUGGGAAUAUUUGCAAGCCUUGUUUUACUCCAGUUCCAUCGCCGCCGCCGCCACCACCACCACCACCACCACCAACACCAGGGCCAACAGGUUCACCCCGAUCAUCUACAUCCAGGGGUUUGAGAAGGGGUUUAUUGGCGUUUUGCAUUGUGGGAUCCGUUGGAGCUUUUGCGGGUAUUUGCACAAUAAUCUACUGCUUGUGGACUGGUGUUUGUUUUGGGAAGAAGAAAGUGCACAAUUCAGUGCAGCCCACAAUCACCAGAGCUGCCAGUUCUAACAAUGGCAUAACGUCGAACAAUAGCCCGCCUUCGAGAUCGUCCACCAUUAGGCGCCAGGGCUCGAGACUUAUGAGGCGGCAGAGGAGUGGAACCUCGUCCAAGCACGGAGACAGGGCCGAGGAAUUUUCACUAGCUGAGCUUGCAGCUGCCACCAACAAUUUCUCCCCAGAGAACAAGCUUGGUGCUGGAAGCUUUGGUGUUGUAUACAGGGGAAAAUUACCAGAUGGCCACGAGGUUGCUAUCAAAAGGGGUGAAACAGGUCCAAAGAUGAAGAAAUUUCAAGAGAAAGAGAGCGCAUUUGAUUCAGAACUGGCUUUCUUGUCCCGCCUUCAUCACAAACACUUGGUUAGGCUGGUUGGGUUUUGCGAGGAGAAGGAUGAAAGGCUCCUGGUUUAUGAGUACAUGAAGAAUGGCGCUCUUUAUGAUCAUUUACAUGACAAGAACAACGUGGAAAAGAGCAGUAGUCUUUUGAAUUCUUGGAAAAUGAGGAUCAAAAUCGCGUUAGAUGCUGCCCGAGGGAUUGAAUAUCUUCACAAUUAUGCAGUCCCGCCCAUAAUUCACAGAGACAUCAAGUCCUCUAACAUAUUACUCGAUGCAAAUUGGACGGCAAGAGUAUCCGACUUCGGAUUGUCGUUAAUGGGGCCGGAAUCCAAUCAGGAGUAUAGACCGACGAAAGCAGCCGGAACAGUUGGGUACAUUGAUCCAGAGUACUAUGGUCUAAAUUUGUUAACAGCAAAGAGUGAUGUUUAUGGGCUUGGAGUAGUACUAUUGGAACUUUUGACAGGGAAGAGAGCAAUAUUCAAGAGCGGCGAAAGUGGAGGAACACCCAUAAGCGUGGUGGAUUUUGCGGUGCCGGCCAUUAUGGCCGGAGAAUUGGUAAAGAUCCUGGACUCCAGGGUUGGGCCGCCGGAGAUGAACGAAGUCGAGGCAGUGGAGCUGAUGGCCUAUUCUGCAAUGCAUUGUGUGCAUUUGGAAGGGAGGGAGAGGCUAACCAUGGCUGACAUUGUGGCCAAUUUGGACCGGGCAUUGUCUAUCUUUGAUGAUAGUCAUGGCAGCAUCUCGAGUGGUAUAAUCUCCAUUGCUUCAGAAUAAAAUUCCGAACCAGGAAAAAAGCAAAACAGAUUUUUUUUCUUCUUCUUCAAUUUUCACUGAUUUUUUUUUCUUUUCUUUUUGGAUAAUCAUAUUGGGUAUAAUUGUUGUUUGUAAAGUUUAGGAGUUUCAUCUAACAUUGCUGUAGUGUAGGAUUUUGUGAACACUGACAGCCAGGAGGAAGUAUUGCAUGAUUCAUUUCCAAGCAAAAAGAGCUUUCUUUUUCCUCUUUC